AUGUGGUUUCCUAUUCUUACGUGGCUUGUGGCCACAGCGGUGGCUCUAGAUUGUUCUGCUAAGGACCUAGACUCGUAUAAUUUUGCACUUUUACAAGGAACCCAUGCGGUGGAAUCGGUAAAGGAUACCCCUCCAUCUACCACCAAAACCACUUGGUACUUUGGGAUUUGCGAGCUGGUUAGUUCCAAGAAAGCACCAGCGUGUCCCAAGAACGUUGAUAUUUGUGGAGUGACCGAGGUCAAGGUGGAUAAGGAUUACAUCGUGACACAAGUCGUUGGGUUCAAUUCCAACUUGGAGAAGAAAUACACUCCGGUUGAAAGCAAGAAUGAAAAUGGAAUCAAGAUUUCGUACAAGGGAGCCAACUGGGGAUCCAGUUUGGUCAACGCCGAGGUCUAUUACAUCUGUGCCGAAGAUAAGGACGGUGACGAUACUUUUACCGUAGAAAGCUGGGAUGAUGAAAUGUUGUUCGCACAGGUCAAGUCGAAAGCCGCUUGUGUAACUUCGAAAGAUGACAAGAAGAAACCAAAGAAACCAGAGGACAACGGCGAGUCAUGGGGCUGGUUCACAUGGAUCUUCAUUUUCAUGGUUCUUUUCCUUAGUAUCUAUAUUAUUGGUGGAGCAUGGUUCCAGUAUAACAAGGGAAAUGCCAUUGAUUUCCAAAGUGCGUUGCGAGAAGUAUUGGAGAAUUUUGUUGACUUGGUGAGAGGCUUGCCGCUGUUCAUACGAGAAAUCAUAGAAAAGGUCACUGGCAGCAAUCGGGGGGAGUAUAGUGCUGUUUAG